UUAAAUACAUUAUUUUGAAUUAAUCGUGUAUUUAAUUUUAAAUAGAUGAACAAUAAUUAAAUUUGUGCGAUUCCAAAUAUUUUAUUAAUUGUUUCUGUUAAGCGCAACUUUCAUUUUUAUAGAAUGCUCGGUGCGCUAUGGUCCAAUCACUUUUGAUUGGUAUUUUAGUAACCUCUCUUGGCUACGCUCUUGAAAUUUGGCUUGCUUUAGAUUUUAUAUGUAAAUGGGAAGUUCUAUCGACAAAAUCAUCUGUUCAACCUCAAAACUAUAUGUAGGGAUGAUUAUAAACUCAAAACAACUGGAGGGCUUUAAAACUUAAAGCCCUAUGGAGGAGGGUGGUUUAAACUCAAAACCCCAUUUGGCUCAUAGAAUUUUUAAUGUGUAAUUAGAUUUUUUUUUAUAUUGAAGAGUUGGUUUUUGCUUCAAACCCCGUUGGAGGGGUUUUUAAACUCAAAACCAUCUGGAGGGGUUUUAAAUUUAAAGCCCUCUGGGAGGGAGGGGAACUUUGUGACUGAUUUUUUGCUUUAAUUGUGUUUAUUUAAGGUGAGAUUUUAAUUAUAUUAAACCAUCCCUUGCCCCAGUCACCGAAACUUCCCAUUUACAUAUAAAAUCUAAUGCAAACCAAAUUUUAAGAGCGUAGCCUAGAAAGGUUACACAUUUCUACCAGUCGCUGGACUCCAUUAAUAAAGUGCAGUGAAUAGUCAUGUGCCGAAAUUGAAAAAAAAAACUAAAUGUGGCUCAACAAAGAUGGCUAAGACAGAUUUUAAGAGUAUAUUUCUGUAUAAAACAAAAUUAAUGGCGACAAAUUGAUUUACUUAUUUGGGUUAUUUGUUUUAGUAAUUCAUAUUUUGUCUUCGAUAAUGAACAGUUGUGCAAAUUUUCAACUUGAUCCGAGAAUGGGAAGUGGGAGAAGUAACGCGGGCCACAUUGAACCAGACAGAGUGAGCUGAUAUAAGCUUUUGUAAGAAAUAAAAAUAAGCUUUUGUGUUUAACAUUGAAUAAACAGAACAAAAACAACAUAACCUCAAGGAAACUAAACAACUUCGAGAACAGAAACAAACAAACAAAUAGAAGUGGACACAAAAGAUGAAUUAUUGGAUUAAAAAUAACCAUAACCCUUUUAUUUCGUCAGGCUUUACACUUGGCAAGAGAAUGUCUCUUUCAUUCUUACGACUCCUCUUCAAUAUCUGAAGCCAAACAAAAAGGUACAGUAGACAAUGUGUAAGAAAGUGGAGUAUGGAAUCGUGGCGAUGGUCAUGUGUCUGGAAUUUUGGUGCCUCAUAGAAGGGCAGAAUUAUUCCCACACACUGUCUCUCUUCAACGACAAACUUGGCAGCGACAAAUAUGACACGCAGAUAAGACCACUGCUUAACCAAGCCGAUAUUCUGAAUGUCUAUGUCAGCUUCGAACUGGUGUCCAUCGUGGAAAUUGACGACGUGGCACAGAGUUUUGUAGCUAACGGUUUUCUCAUGUUUUCUUGGACUGAUGAGAUCCUAGCCUGGGACCCAUCCAAUUAUGGCGGACUCAAUGUGAUCCAUCCGAUACCUGAGAACAUCUGGAGACCGAGAGUUGUUCUCAUCAACACAUUGGGAGAUAGAGAUCUCUUUGAUGACGACAAGGCUCCUGUUUUUAUCCUCAACAAUGGCCACACCUCCUGGGUCCCAGGAAGUCUUUUCCCCACAUCUUGUGAGCUGGAUGUCACCAACUACCCAUUCGAUAAACAGACCUGUUACAUAACGAUAGUCGCCAUGACGUUGGACGUCACAGAAAUGCAGUUUGUCGCUUUCACUAGCGAAGUUCAAAAGAAUUUCUUCAUUCCUAAUGGAGAAUGGAACCUGCUGUCGUCAAACAUAAAUAUAACACAAGUGACGUCUUCUAAUAUAUCUUUGUCUACUAUACAAUUGAUAUUUGCCUUGCAACGAAGGCCGACAUUUCUGAUCGUGAACAUUGUUCUGCCCAUUGUGUUCCUCUCUUUCCUUAACAUUCUGGUCUUCGUUAUCCCGGCUGAUUCAGGGGAGAAAAUUGGAUAUGGUAUAACGGUCCUUCUGGCCUUGUCCGUAUUCAUGAGCACCGUCAGUGGUAUGCUGCCCAGUUCGUCUCUCAAAAUGGCCAAGCUGACCAUCUAUAUAUUAAUCCUUCUUAUCAUCUCUAUGCUGACCGUGAUUGUUAGUAUCAUCAUUGUAUUUCUGGCCAGUAUGGAAGAGAAAGAAACUCGACAUCGGAAAGCCAGAGAUAAUUUACAAACCGCUGUUGCAAAAGUUUCGACAUUUCGUCGUGCCAUGAAUGCAGUGUCGAAACUGACCACUAAAGUGGACGCACUGGACGCUUCAGUCAAACCCUCAGACGUUCGUAUGACUUCAGAGACUAACACCAAAGAUUCCUCGUUGUUGCCUCAGGACACUGAGCCCAUACAACCCACAGUGAACAAAUACAAACUUGUUGGGAAGCAUAUUGACAAGAUUUCUUUCAUUGUGUUUCUCACAAUCUGGGUGGUAGUCACAUUGGGCUUUCUUAUUGAUAUUGCUGAAUAAACAUCCUCAAAAUGUUA